AUGGAGUUCAUGUCAGUGGAUUCUGAAGGUACAGCUAGAGGUUUGUUAUGCAUAUGGGACCCAGAGGUAUUUCAACUUGGUGCUUGUUGCAGUAGCAGACGGUUCAUACUCUUAUCAGGUACAAUGUUUAAUUCCUUUGAGUGUGUUUUACUGAAUAUAUAUGCAUCGAAUGAUGUGGGUGGUAGAAGAAAGCUUUGGGAUAGUUUUCUUAAUCAGAAACAAGGUUUUCCUAAACCAUUGUGUCUGUGUGGGGAUUUUAAUGAAGUUAGGAAUAUUGGUGAGAGGAAAGGUUGCUCUAGAAUAGAGAGGGGUUUGACUGAGCUCAAUGAGUUCAUUGAGAAUAGUGAAGUACAGGACCUACCUUUAUUAGGAAGAAAGUACAAACGGUGUAAUUCCAGGGAAGGGGUCAAAUGGAGUAGGAUAGAUAGGGUGUUAGUGGAUCCAAAAUGGUUGGAGGGAUUUCAAUUAAAAUUAUGGGGGUUACCUAGGCUCAUCUCAGAUCACAAUCCACUACUAUUGAUUGAAGAUGAAAGGGAUUGGGGUCCAAAGCCGUUCCGGUUUCUAAAUGCUUGGUGUCUACAUCCAAAGUUAUCAUCCUUUGUGGCUAAAGUUUGGAAGGAGUCGAAACCUAAUGGUUCGGCUGGAUUCAUAUUACAGAAAAAACUGAAGGAUUUGAAAUUAGCGAUUCGCCAAUGGAAUAAGGAGGUGUAUGGGUCUAUGCCUAACAAAUUGAAAGUGGUAGAGGAGGAAGUUCAUAUCCUUGAUCUUCAAGUAGAGAGCAGAGAGCUGGAUCAACAAGAGAAAGUUAGAAGAAGAGCAGCUUGUGAAGAGGUAUGGAGAUUUCAUAGAAUGAUGGAGUGGACGUGGUUACAAAAAUAA